AUGCAUAAGAGUGAAGAUAGAACUUCGGAAGACGUAAGGAAAGUGAUAAAAAUAGCAAAACUACAUGAGUCCGAAUUAACCGAAAUUUCGCAAGUAUUAAGAUUUUCAGACCCAAGUCAACAUAAUCCAAAUCUAAGACUUAUGCUACUGGAUGAUAUCUUGUUAAAGGAAAUUGAAGAAGGCAAUGAACUUACAUUCAAGGGCGACACAGAUGAAAGUGCCGUUUUAUGUACUAGCAAUAAAACCUAUGAUAUUAAAGAAGCUGAGACUUCGAAUAGUUUACUAUUAGUUCCUGAAUUAUUAUUCGCAGCGUCAACAGGCCUUGAUGAAACGAUCGCAAAUAACUCUGUGGACGGUGACUCAGAUUCCUCCUUUGAAACAUCCAACACCAGUUUGAACAAAUCUACUGAUUCUGAUGAUGGUAGACCGCCAAGAAAUAUCGUGUUUAAAGAUAUUAUAGAUACGUUCUUUACCUAUUACGAAUUGAAACCUUGUAAACCAAAAUUAUCUAAACUUAGAAAACUACUGGAAGGCUCGAAAUAUCGAGGAUUGGAACUUGAAUAUUCUGUGGACAAAACGAAGCUACUAACUUAUGACGCAAUUGCUGAUCAAGUACAAGCGUCUAACGCGGAGUUAAAAGAGGAAUUACUGAAGAUUCAAGCGAUAGAAAUCGACGGUUAUUAUCGCUUAUUGGAAUUCGAUUAUGAAUUCAGAGUUUUAUCAUACAUGUUAGAUUUGAUCGAAGAGAAUUCUUGGCCAUUGAAUAAAAUAUCGAAAGAAAUUACUUUUGAAAGUCUAAAAGACCUCGUCCCUAAAUGUAUCUUGGAAGCAAUGUUUAUGUUUUAUACUGAUAAGUCAGUUGAGGAAGAUGGCGUCCAGUUCUAUAAAUAUAAAGAAGAUAAGGUAUGCAGGUUUCUGGCGCGAGUGCUGUUAAAGAGCGCGGGAAAAUUUAAUUUGGCUGAAUUUUUGCAAGCUUGGAAAGAUUCUGUGCCUGAAGGGAUGACAACAGAUGAAUCAUUGUUAUUGGGAAUCGCUUUGAUAGACAAAACCUGUACCCCUCAAGUGGUUUGGGGAUUUUCGGAGACAGAUUUACCAGAAGACAUUAAUGAGAGAUUCAAAGUCUUGUUCAUAACUAAAGCCAAAUGGACAGUUGCUGAAAUAUCGCCAUAUAUCGAAUUAUACGCUACAGAGAAAUUAAACGUUAAUGCAUUGCUAACGAAGUAUGCGCGCGCAUCCACGCAAGAUGGCGUUAGAGUCUUUUCAGCUAAACAUAUGAAAUGAAAUAUAGUUUUAGAUGUAAAUGAAAACAAACUAUUGUGAUAAUCAAUUUGUCUUUUGAUUUUUACAAUACUUAAACUGAAUACAAGCUUUUGGCGCUGA